AUGCCGCCAAAGCCAACUACACCUAAAAAAACCAAAAAACAACUCGAGGAAGAGAAGAAACGUCUCGAUGAAAGGAAAAAGGCCGUGGAUGAGGCCAUUGAAUUAUUAUUUCAUCGGAUUUGUCAUGACUCACUCAUAGAAGAUUUAUUGCCAAAAAUUGCUGCACAACUUGUUGAAGAAUUCAAGCCCGUGCUUGUGGAUCCCAUGAGCGAGUUGGGCCGAAUGGAUCCGAAACACGUCAAAGAAUUGCAUCUUGGCUCCAAAAACAUGACUGACAUUCAUGAAAAUAUUUGCAAAUUCGAAAUGUUGGAAGAACUCUGGCUCAAUGACAAUCGUAUCAAAAUGGUUACGAAUUUAAUGGAUGUACAUACAUUGAAAUCUUCAUCUCGAGAGUUACCGUUGACGAAAAAGUCAAAAAAGAAAGGAUGUCUCCGUCUCAAAUGCUUGUAUUUACAAAAGAAUAGAAUCGAAUCACUCGAUAAUCAGUGUAUGAAGAAUUUGAAAUUCUUGGAAAUUCUCUUGUUGCAUGACAACAAGUUACGAAACUUGGAUAUGAUUCUACAACAGCUCUCCCAUAUGAGAUAUUUGAAACAAUUGACUCUUUUUGGAAACCCUCUAUGUGAAGAGGCUGGAUCCAAGUCAUUGUAUAGAGGACGAGUAAUCACAUCCAUACGAUCUCUGGUUGUAUUUGAUAGAAUUGAAAUUACAGAAAACGAAAGAGAAGAAGCUACAAAAAUGUUUCCCAACCGAGUAGAAAGACUUUCCAUUUCACGAGAUGAAAAACUUGCCUUCGGUAAGACACUUCCAGCCAACACUCUCGAGAGCCGAAAAGCCAACUCCAUGACUGCUUCCAUACUGGGAGGCACUGCAGAGUUGGCCAUUCACGAAGCCAAACAAAUUGCGAAAGAAAAGGUCAAACUACAAAAGAAACUUGAAGAAGACGAGAGAGAACAAAUGGCCAAGACACUAAAACAGAGUAUUAUUAAGCAAUAUAAGUCAAUGGAGGAGCAGGAACAACAACAACCAGAAAAGUUAUUGGAACGACUAUCACAUGUGUAUAGAGAUUUUGAUGGACUUCUCAACCCCCAUCAAGAACAAGUGAUGAAAGAGAAAAUUAUCAAAGCAUUUCAUCCUGCAUUUCUUGUUGCGUCUCCAUCUUUAAAACCAAACAUUUCUCAGAACACAAUGAAUGAAUUAUUGAAGGACCUUGGCAUUUCUCAAUUCGCAGAGAGUUGGAUUCAGGAAGUGGAGUCUAAAAAAGGGCAAGCGCAAACCAUCUUUGUGACCGAAGAUGAAAAGAAAAAGAUUGCCCUAUACAAGGAUUUGACUAACUCGAAGGAAGUUUCAUUUCAUGAUUUUUUCUUGCUGAUUUGCGAGCUCAAAUCAGAAGAGGAGUUUUUAAAUUCUCACAACCUGCAAAAGCAGCUUGACAUUCGAAAAGCCCAUUUCGAAAAGAAAAAGAAGGAGCGAAUUGAGCGAGAAGAAAAAGAGUUGCAACAGCAACAACAGACACAACAACAACGACCAAAAUCAGGCAAGACAAAAAGCUCUCAACCUGCUCGAAAAAUUACAGACAAUACAGAGGAAGAACAACAAGAAUGGCUAGCACUAGAAGAAAUGUCCAAAAAUACAGCAACUCUGGAAUUGCAAGCUGCUUCGAAAGCCAUCAAAUGGCAAUCCAAGAGUCAAAUUCAUGAAACCAUGAGACCUAAAGAAAUCAAAAUUGUUCCAAAACGUGGUGAUGUCUACAAAUCUUUCUAUUUGUAA